ACAGAGUGAGAGACAGAGCACAUUUUGUUGUGUAUUCAGUUGUGCAGGCAGGACCCACCUAAUGUGCAUUGUGUACAAGGACUCCAUUCUGGCUCUUGAGUGAGCAGGCUGAGAAAGAUCAGUCAGAAAGUGGCUGCGCUAGGUCACGGACACACCCACCAUAGUUUCUGUGAGUGUGCCGGAGAUCUGAACUCGGGUCCUGCACUGGGUCACGGACACACCCACCAUAGUUUCUGUGAGUGUGCCGGAGAUCUGAACUCGGGUCCUCAUGCAUGUGUGGCAGUCAUUGCCUACUGAGCCACCUCUCCAGGCCCAUUGUGCACACGUUCUUGAAAAUGUGGGAAGCUUCCUAUUCUAACAUACAGUUAUGGGCCCCUCAAGGGAUCCAUAAUGAAGAAAAGGUCUCCUCCAUCUGGGUGUGUUGGCAUAUGCCUGUGGUCCUAGCACUCGGGAGCAGAAACAGCUUUUAUGAGUUCAAGGCAAGCUUGGACUACAUAGCAAGAUGCAGGCCAGCCAUGCUGGGCCACUUGUCUUCAGAGGGGAGGAGAGGGUGUGAAUAAAACAAUGUACAGAACUUCUACUUCACUAGGUAUCUUUAAAUUUACAUUUCUUGUACAUUCUUCAUAGAGGUCCCAGGACAGCUGUGGGAGUUGGUUCUCUCCACGAGGUGAACCCCAUAGAUCCAAGUUGGAAGUCAGGCUGGGUAACAAGUGUUUUCAUCUGCUGAGCCCUGUCACUGAUCUGUGGCCUAAGUUUUAUAAACUAUCGUGUGUGUGUGUGUGUGUGUGUGUGUGUGUGUGUAUGUGUGUAAGACGGAGGGAAGAAGGGAGGCAGAGAACGAGAGCAUGUGUGUAGUGAUCAAAGAACAACUCUGGAGUUGGUUUUCUCCUUCCACCUUUAUGUGAGUCCCAGGGAUUGAAUUCAGGUCUCCAGGCUUGUUCAGAAAGCGCCUUUACCCACUGGGCCAUCUUGUUGGCCCCUGUAUUAGUUACUUUUCUGUUGUGUUGGUAGGGUUGCACACCUUUAAUCCCAGCACUUGGGAGGCAGAGGCAGGUGGAUCUCUAUGAGUUUGAGGCCAGCCUGGUCUGCAGAGCUAGUUCCAAGACAGCCAGAGAUACACAAAGGAACCCUGUCUCCAAAACCAAAAAUAAGCUGGGAGGUGGUAGCACACCUUUAAUCCCAGCACUCAGGAGGCAGAGGCAGGCGGAUCUCUGAGCUCCAGACCAGCCUAGUCUACUGAGUGAGUUACAGAGAAACCCUGUCUCGAAUCAACACAGACACACACACACACACACACACACACACACAGACACACACACACACACACACACACACACACACACCCAAAAAGAAAAGAGAAGAGCUAGGCAUUGUGGCUCCAGCAAUGAUCAUCCAGAAGCUGGAUGGUCACAUUUAAUACACAAAGCAGAAAGAACACGAAGUGGGUGAGGCUGUAAGUCCUCGCUGUCCCCAGCAAAGCUCCACCUCCUAAAGGUUCCACCGGCUUCCCACACAGCACCACCAACUGGGGACACAGUGUUCUCAACCACCACAGUCCCCUCCCAAUUUCCUCUUUUUUCUCGGUUUAUCUGUGUAUUAGCUCUGGCUGUCCUGGAACUCACUUUGUAGAUUUGAAAUCUCACGAGGCUUAUUGUCAAACACCUUUAACUCCAGCAUUUGGGAGGCAGAGGCCUGGAUUUCUGUGAGUUCAAGGUCAACCUGGUCUACAUAGUGAGAUCCAGGGUAGCCAGAGCUAAAAGUGAGACCCAGUAUUAAGACAACAAAACCAACAAAAACCUUAAACAAAGGGGCUGGAGAGAUGGCUCAGCGGUUAAAAGCAUUGCCUGCUCUUCCAAAGGUCCCUGAGUUCUAUUCCCAGCAACCAGAGAUUUGCCUGCCUCGGCCUUUCCCCGAGUUACCUUAAGUCAGAAUUCAAAUCUGGUGGUCACAUAUGAUGGUAAAGGGUGGGAAGUAUACACUGAACCAUUUGCCUCUGAUAGAUGGGAACAACACACAUAGUAAGGAAAGUCAUGUUGUUAUACUUUACCUUUAUAUGUUUGGACGCUUGCCAGCAUGUGUGUUUGCUUGGUGUUUGCAGAUGCCAGAAAGGGCGCCAGAUCUCCAAUAACAAGAGUAAUAGCUGGUUAUGGGCCACCAUGUGGAUUGAAUCUGAGUCUCUUGAAGAGCAGCCAGUGUUCCUAACUCCUAAGCAAUCUUUCUAGUUCCACGUAUUAUUAUUAUCAUUAUUUUAUAUUAUUAUUAUUAUUUGGUUGUUGGUUUGUUUAUUUUAGGGAGUUGUUUGUUUUGGUUUGAGUUUUUUUAUAUUUAUUUAUUAUGUAUACAAUAUUCUGUCUGUGUGUAUGUUUGCAGGCCAGAAGAGGACACCAGACUUCAUUACAGAUGGUUGUGAGCCACCAUGUGGUUGCUGGGAAUUGAACUCAGGACCUUUGGAAGAGCAGGCAAUGCUCUUAACUGCUGAGCCAUCUCUCCAGCCCCCUUGUUUGAGGUUUUUGUUGGUUUUGUUGUCUUGUUUUAAGACGGGGUCUCAUGUCUCACUUUUAGCUCUAGCUACCCUGGAUCUCACUCUGUAGACCAGGUUGACCUUGAACUCAGAAAUUCACCUGCCUCUGCCUCCCAAAUGCUGGAGUUAAAGGUGUUUGCUAACAAGCCUGACACAAAUCAUGAGAUUUCAAACUCUGACUUAUGGGGGGCUAGGGAAGUGCCUCGGCAUUUAGGGACUUGAACUGCCAUGGUAAAGAACUCAAGUUCAGUUCCCAGCAUCCACAACAGGUAGCUCACAACCUAGUUACCUGUAACUCCAGCUCCAGAAGGUCCGAUACCUUCUUCUGGCCUCCUGAAUUCAGAUGCACUCAACUACACAGACAUACAUACACAAAUUAAAAAUAAGAUGAAAUUCUAACCUAUGUCGGGAGAUGGCUUUUGUUCAGAAGUUAACUUCUAGGCUGGGUGGUGUGGUGAAUGCAUGCAUGCAUUUAAUCCAGCACCUGGGAGGCAGAGGUAGUCAGAUCUCUGUGAGUUCGAGGCCAGCCUGGUCUACAGAGUGAGUUGCAGGACAGCCAGGACUAUAUAGAGAGACCCUGUCUCAAAAACAAACAAACAAAAAAUCAGUGCAUCAGAAAGGAUGUGUUCAUGAAAAGUUCUAAUGAAUGGGAAUUAGUUUUAAAUUUGCUAAUUGUGAAUACCCAUACAGUGGCUCUAGCAAACAAGGCACACCGUAUACCUCUUACACUUAUGCUCUGUCCUGAUGGAGUCUCGUAGAAGCAUUUACUCAUCUAGUACAGGACGAAUGUUAUGAUGCCCAGUGGCCCCAAAGCACCUCGUUGUUUAGGUACUCAAUUCGUGAAGGAGCAUUGUAGAUUUAUUCAUUGGGGCAAACCAAUCUUCCCACUGAUAGAUGCGUAGGGCUGCUUUACAGGAUGCCCAGCAGAGUGAGGGGCAGAUCAUCUUUUAAGGCAUUGCUCCAAAGAGUAUGAUGGUCCAUUGCUUUUUCUUGGUGGUGAAUACUCCUGAAAUGACGCCUGAUUAGGAUUUCCAAUGGAAUAAAACCACGUUUUCCUCCUUGGUAACCAACUAAUUCUGUAUAGACUUAAGUUUUUAGGGAUACGUGUACAGCUGGCAUCACGUGAUGAUAGCCCAUAACGUUCUUUCCCAAAUUAUUUCUAGUUGCAUUGCUUUCUGUAUAGAUAUUGCAUAUGUUAAAUUUCAACUUCCGCACAGGAUAACCAUAUGGAUGAUCGGUAAGAGUUUUUAGAGACUAGCGGUCACUCAAGGAUUGGGUGAAAAGAAGGCCAGUAGACAGAGUAACACCAGGACAAAAUAUAUCUACCCUAGACUGAAUAAAGGGUGGGGACCAUAGCUGAAUGGAAUGCGUUCAGACCAUGGGACAGGGUUAUAUGUAUCCAGCCACAAGACUGAACGCAGUAUUCCAUUUCCACUCUUAGAGUUUGAAAAAUGCUCUUCCUCCUUAAGGGUUUACACACUGCCCUCUGGAGCAGAAGAUGCCAGGUCUACGGCAGUGACAGCAUAUCUGUGGCAGCCUUGGAAAAAUCAGAGCAUAUUCUGACAACAGGAAGAAGCCACAGUGAAACUUUUCCAGUCAGCAUUAGGUUGCCUCGGCAAUGAACAGAAGCAAAGCCAAAACAAACCAACAGCUACCAAAUUUUUUACCAGGCAGCCACACAAUGGGUGUCCUCAAGUUCUGGAGCUAUUUCCUCUAAAUUGAUAUAUUUCCACCUAAAGUAAGUAGAAAAGCUACUAAUACCAGGGAAGUUAAACUCAUACGGUUCAGGAAGAAAACAAAACUUACAAACAAGGUAUUUCUGGAGAGGUGGUUAGCAGUCAUAAGCCUUUGCGGGGGACCCAAGUUAGGUUUAUACAAAAUAGGCUCUAGACCCACAUUUAGAGGUUCACAGCCACCCUGGCUCCAGAGACUGGAUGCACCAACACACAGAAAUACAUGUGCACACCCACACGCACAUUCUCUCGCACAACGCACAUGCACGCACGCACACACACACACUUUUUGAUCUUACAUUUUUUGCUCAGGAAGACCCUGAAACCUAGAAAAUUCAUAAGGCCCCUCCCUAAGUUUAUAUAAAUCAUAAGGAUAGCUGGGGAAGGUGGAGAGGGAAUGGGAGGAGAGGAGGACUGGGGAAAAAGUUGGGAUGUACAAUAAAUUUAAAAAACAGCUGGGGAAAAGAGACUCUCUGACCAAUCAAGAUGCAAGUAGCGCAGAACUCUAGGGAUGAAAUAUUGUGAAUACCCACCCAUGUGAGUGUGGUUUCUAGAGAUGUAGCUGCCUUUGAGUUAUCCGUGUUCUUACAAGGAUCUCUCAUGUAUGUUUCUGUAAUUCUUUGGUCUGUUGGUGGUGUCCUAUGUGGAGGGAAGAGAAAUUGUUUAUAUUUCCUCUGGAAAAUUAUAUAACUACUGGCACAAGAACAGGGAUCCAAAGAAACAAAGAUUUAAGUUUGUUUUUUAAACACAUUAGCCUCUGAAAGACAUUCCAGAGUUGAACAACAGUGACCAAUGUACAACUCAUUAGCAAAUCACUCUGGUCAUUCCUUCAAAAAUAUGUGUAGUUCCUAUUCUUAGCAGCUACUGCACUUACAGUACUUUAUCAUUUAUCAUGUACCACUGCGUAAACUGCAAUGCCUUCUUAAUAAAUCUGUGGGGUUUUUUUGUUUUGUUUUUUUUUGAAUUUUUGAGACAGGGUUUCUCCGUAGCUUUUUGGUUCCUGUCCUGGAACUAGUAGCUCUUGUAGACCAGGCUGGCCUUGAACUCACAGAGAUCCACCUGCCUCUGCCUCCCGAGUGGAGUGCUGGGAUUAAAGGUGCGCGCCACCACCGCCUGGCAUCUUGACCCUCUCUUAGCCUGUUCUCCAGAGGGCAGGCAGUUCUAACGGUAAAGACUAAGUCAAGGAGCUGAGCUUGCCCACAAGGUUAUUUCAGAACACCUCUAGACACAGAGCAGAGAAUAAUAGAAUUUAUAGGAACAGCUUUCUUGGCUCAUUUCAUAUCUCUCAGGCAACAAAUGUCGGAGUAUGUGAAGAAGACAAGCAACAAAAGAAAGCCUGUGUCUCUCCUUGAUCCCAAGUUCCUAACAGGACCUUAGGUGCCGAGGACCCUAGUACAGAGGUGGGGGUGUGACCAGUCACCGAGCAGCUUAGAUACAGAGGUGGGGGUGUGACCAGUCACCGAGCAGCUUAGAUACAGAGGUGGGGGUGUGACCAGUCACCGAGCAGCUUAGAUACAGAGAUGUGGACUGGGGCCUGGGGCCCAGAUCUCAAGAAAAAGAGGAAACCUUAGUUGUACCCUGAAACCAUCUUAGUUGCUGUCUGUGGUUCUGUGUGUUGCUGUGUGCCAGCUGCUAUGUCUCUGUUACACGGGAAGCAGCUCAGCAAGAAGAGCUGACUGAGCCAGGGGACCUUCCAUAUCCCUGUUCUCAGUGCUAGGUUACACUUGAUCCUGCCUUUCGGUUACUCUUCCCAUUUUAGAAAGUUGAGCAAGAAGAGAGCAGGGUGGGUUUUAUGAGGUUCUUUGCAUGUUCUGAGACUGGACCUGCGGUGUUCCACUUCACCUCUGUCUCUAUCUUUUUAUUGUCUUUUUCCUAACUUCACUUUUCUCAUCGUUUUGAACAGCUCUCUGCCUUUGAACACUUGCCCUCCUAUGUGAGACACCGUGAUCUACUACAUCUUGUCUUCCUUGAGUAAUUCUUACUCUAUUACAGAGAAACUGUGACAUGUACACUUUCUCUUCCUCCUGUCAGAUGGUGAAAUAGACUGAGGAGGGAUUGAUUCUAAAUCAUCAUUCCUUGAAAAAUCAGAAUCACGUUUUACCCUGGAGAAUUCCACAUAAGUGUUGCCAAGGAAGUAAAGAAUUUAAAAGGGAAAGAUAAGGUCGGAACAGCCACUGGAAUGCGCCCAGCAGAAUAUGAAGCAAAAGACGAGAAAGUUCAAACACAAGGCGUUUGAAGGGAGUGACCAGGAGUGUGAAAACGGUGGUAGUCAGCCCUGUGACUCUCCAUCACAUGAGCGAGGUCGUGGUGGAAAGAGACAGUACGUGUGCCCUGAGUGUGGAAAUGCCUUUAGUCAGAGGGACAACCUCACGGUGCAUGAGCGAACCCACACAGGAGAGAAGCCGUAUAAGUGUAAGGAAUGUGGCAAAGCUUUUAGUCAUAGAUCCAACCUUGUGGUCCAUCGGAGAAUCCACACCGGAGUGAAGUGUGGGAAAUCUUUCGGGGGUAAGUCCCAUCUCAUCCGGCACCAGGGAAUCCACAGUGGAGAGAAAACAUACGCGUGUAAAGAGUGUGGGAAAGCCUUCAGUCGGAGCCCGGGACUUACUUCCCAUCACAGAGUUCACACUGACGAGAAGCCCUACACUUGUGUUGAGUGUGGGAAAACAUUUGGCAGGAGUUCAAACCUUACUCAGCAUCAGAGAACUCACAGAGGAAAAAAGAUUUACAAAUGUAGACUGUGUGUGAAAAUACGUGGUUCCAAUACAAAGAUUAUGGACCAACAGAGAAUUCACAGCGGAGAGAAGCCCUACGAGUAUGCCAAGUGUGGGAAAACCUUCACGUUAAGGAAGGCUCUUAGUGAGCACCAGAGACUCCACCGUAGAGAGAAGCCUUAUAAAUGCAGUGUGGCAAAAGCUUUCACUUCUAACGGAAACCUUGCUGAUCAUCAGAGAGUUCACACUGGAGAGAAGCCUUACGAACGUAACGAGUGUGGGAAGACCUUCAGGCAGAAAUCCCAAGUGAUUCUGCAUUUGAGAACCCACACUAAAGAGAAACUCUACAAAUGCAGCGCGUGAGGGAAAGCCUACCGUUAUAGCUCACAGCUUAUUCAACAUCGAAGAAAACAUAACAAGGAGGAAGAAACCUUAUUGUUUGUGGGCCAGGUGUGAUGGCUCAUGCUGUUUAUUCCAGCAUUUAGGAGGCAGAGACAGGGAGAUCUCUGUGAGUUCUAGACCAUCUAGGGCCAUACAGUGAGACCCUGACUUAGAAAAAAAGAAAAAUCGGCUAUUAGGCUGAUUGCUACUUUUCUGAAAAUUAGAUUUUUAAUUAGUAACAUUUGACUAAAUUCUGCUUCUAAGAAUCCACACAGGGAAAAUAGAGCAUGCUCCGAGGUCUCUCUUGCUCAAGCUUCCCUCUGUGUAACAGUUGACUUCCUGCUGUCUUCUGAUGAGAUGUAGCCAGCACCAUGUCUCCUUAACAGAGCUAUGCUUCCCACCAUGGUGAUAAUGGACUGGAUCUCUGAAACUGUAAGCCAC